UUAGUUGCAAAGCAUAUCUACUCAAGUGAAGUAUCAAAACUUAAUCUGUAUUUGAAUACAUCACAACUAACUAAGAGUGGAUAUAAUGUAGAAAUUUGUCUUACUAGCCUACGUACAGGCCACGCCAUGAAGUUAAGUGUAGACAUACCUUUCGCUCUCCUCUUAUUUGCAUUUGCUCUGUCAGAUCCCGUCACGACAAACUUUGUAGUAUACAGGACUUGCUAUGUAACUAUGGGUUUUAACAAGAGCGAUUGUGCUUUAUUGGGUACACCAGAAGCAACGGACGAAACCGCCAAAUUGGAGCUGAAAGUGCAACCGCAUGCGGCAGUGCUAACUACAACCAAAUCUGUAACUGAAAUAGUAGUUACUUCGAUAUGGUGCUUUUUCCUGGGCCCGUGGUCAGACCAAUAUGGGAGAAGACCUGUUAUGAUAAUGUCUUUGGCAGGUUUCGUUUGCGCUUACGCGAUAAUUACGGCAAUAUCUCUCUUUGAAAUGCUGUCACCUUGGUUUUUACUCUUAGCCUCAAUCCCAAUAUGCCUAACAGGUGGAUUUCCUUCUUUUUUGGCUGUCAGCAUUUGCCAUUUAACCGAAACUACUCAUAUCGUCAAAAGAGGUUUUAGGAUGGGUAUAUUUGAAGCUGUGAUAACAAUAGCAGGAUUACUAGGAGCCACUGCUAGCUCAUUUGUAUUUCACGCCUAUGGAUAUUUUACCUUAUAUUACAUCACAGCAAGUUGUAUAGUAACGGCUUGGAUAAUUGUCAUGAUUUUCGUCCAGGAAUCCAACCCAAAUCCAGAAACAGAAGGACGAUGCCGUAAUUUGUUUAAAUUCUCCUUAAUUAAGGAUACUGUGAAAACUACGUUCGAAGAGAGGCCUGGUCUGGAUAGGCCUUUGCUUUUAUCGGUGAUCUUAAUGACCGUCAUUUUUCUACUGGCGGUAACCGCCGAUGGUAACAUUGUAUUUUUGUACCUAAGAAGAAAGCUAAGUUGGACUUUAAGGCAGUAUACCUUAUUCGCCAGUUGUAGGAAAAUUUCAUGGAUAAUUGGGAGUAUCCUAGGCGGUUACGUAUUGCAUACACUUUUAAAAGUGGAAGAAUCGGUUGUGAUAUUACUCGGUUUUUUGUCUGUAAUGGCAAAUGUACUGAUACAAGGGCUUGCGUCCAAAGAUUGGCACAUGUACGUUGCCGGAGCAGUAAUUUGCUUUGGUGGUAGCAUUAGUCCAAUGACUAGAUCGCUAAUUUCCAAACUGGUGCAUUUCAACGAGUGUGGCAAAGUAUUUUCAUUUGUGAUUAUGGUCGAGACUAUUGUUGACCUUUUGGGAUCGCCAAUCUACACCUACAUUUACAACCACACCAUAGAAACGCUACCGGGCGCUUUUAAUUUUGUUACGACCGGAAUAUACGGGUUUGAAGUUGUUUUAACAAUUGGGAUUAUUACCUUGCAGCUAAGAAGAUUUGGAAACGACAACUAUGAACCAAUUAAUGACGUAAUUGACGUUGUUAACACAUAAUUAACGAUAGACGAGUGUUUACUAUAGGUACCUAUAGUUAUAUCAUUGAAUAUCCAACUCCUCUGGAUAUUCAAUGGUGAUAUGUAAACGUCCUGUGCUUGUUGUUGCAACAUUGUUAAUUAUACGGUAGUUAAAUGAAAAGUUCGAUAUUAAAAAUAAUUAAUUCUGAAGAAAAUAUAGUAGUAGUAAAUACAGUACAGAGUACUAACGACGAGAAUAGAUUUCUGAAAACUACCUACAUAUGGGAUAUUCAAAGAACGCGCUUCAGCCGAAAUAGUUUCAAUGUUAUGCAAUUUUCUGUUUAUGCUUGUGUACUAAGCAUCUUGAUGGUUUUUUACAUUAUUUUUCAGGGAUAUUUGAAGGGGUAAACUAAAAGUAACGAAAUCUAGUACGCAAAAUGAUUUUGGGUGGUAACACGUUUCUGGGAAUAUUUAUACAAAGUCUUGAUUGAAUUGAUGUAAAAUAUCUUCAGAAUUACAGCACUUUUGGAAAUUUUAGAACUAGCUAGAUCCCUCCGUACAAAACGAAGUUCAACCAAAGAGUACUACUCUUUGGUUCAACAGUGUGCCAAUGAAAAAUGUGUAACAUGAAAAAGUGCCCGAACGAGUUCUUCACGGAAUUCUCUGGUCAGUUGUGUGUUUGGUACAUUUUUUUCGAUGAAUCGUCCAGAAUAUCGUGGAUUUUUAAAAUUAUUAUUAUUAAGUUAUGUCUGACUUUAGUAUAGAAUCAUUUUUUAAAAUAUUAUUUGAUGUUUUUUGAGUAUGUGUAACAUGUACCCUAUUAAUGAGGAUUUAUUGUGACUGUAAUCAUCUAUCGAUUAUGGCUAUGACAUAGUUAUCUAUGUAAUUGAUAUACAAUAAACGUGGUAAUUUUUCACGCCAGAUUGAUAA